UGAGGAGGUCCCGGGAGCCGGCGGCCGUGGUAUCUGCAAGCGGGGGGAAGGCGUCGGGAGGGCUCUGCAGCCGCGCGCGAUCCUGCUCUCUCUCAGUUAACUGUGGACAUGUGCAAGGGGCCCACCCCUAAGUCCAGAUGACACUCAUGCCGAUGGCUUCAGUGAUGGCAGUGACAGAACCAAAAUGGGUCUCGGUCUGGGGUCGCCUCCUGUGGGUGACACUGCUGAGCAUGGUGCUGGGGUCCCUACUGGCUCUGUUGCUGCCACUGGGGGCCAUGGAGGAACAGUGCCUGGCCAUGCUCAAAGGCUUCUACCUGCUCAGAAGCACAUUGCACAGGGCACAGCAUGCCGUCACCAAGUGCACUAGCCCGUCCACAGAGCUCAGUGUCACCUCCAGGGAUGCGGCACUGCUGGUGGUCAAGACCAAGGCCUCUCCAGCAGGUAAGUUGGAAGCCAAAGCAGCAUUGAACCAAGCCCUGGAAAUGAAGCGCCAGGGCAAGCGGGAGAAAGCUCACAAGCUCUUCUUGCAUGCCCUCAAGAUGGACCCGGACUUCGUCGAUGCGCUCAACGAGUUUGGCAUCUUCUCGGAAGAAGACAAGGACAUCAUCCAGGCCGAUUAUUUGUACACCAGAGCGCUGACCAUCUCGCCCUCGCACGAGAAAGCGCUGGUCAACCGCGACCGGACGCUGCCGCUCGUGGAGGAGAUCGACCAGAGGUAUUUCAGUAUCAUCGACAGCAAAGUGAAAAAGGUCAUGUCCAUCCCCAAGGGCAACUCUGCACUACGCAGGGUCAUGGAGGAGACGUACUACCAUCACAUCUACCACACGGUCGCGAUUGAGGGCAACACUCUCACCCUGUCGGAGAUCAGGCACAUCCUGGAGACCCGCUACGCCGUGCCAGGGAAAAGCCUGGAGGAGCAGAACGAGGUCAUCGGCAUGCAUGCGGCCAUGAAGUACAUCAACACAACCCUGGUCUCCCGCAUAGGCUCUGUCACCAUCAGCGACAUGCUGGAGAUCCACAGGAGGGUGCUGGGGUAUGUGGAUCCUGUGGAAGCUGGCAGGUUUCGGAUGACACAGGUCCUGGUCGGACACCACAUCCCUCCCCAUCCUCAGGAUGUGGAAAAGCAGAUGCAAGAGUUUGUGCAGUGGCUCAACUCUGAGGACGCCAUGAACCUGCACCCGGUUGAGUUUGCAGCCUUGGCCCAUUAUAAACUCGUUUACAUCCAUCCCUUCAUUGAUGGCAAUGGAAGGACGUCUCGCCUGCUGAUGAACCUCAUCCUGAUGCAGGCAGGCUACCCGCCUAUCACCAUCCGCAAGGAGCAGAGAUCCGAGUAUUACCACGUGCUGGAAGUCGCCAAUGAAGGCGACGUGAGGCCGUUCAUUCGCUUCAUCGCCAAGUGUACUGAGACCACCCUGGACACUCUGCUUUUUGCCACAACUGAGUACUCGGUGGCGCUGCCAGAAGCCAAACCCAACCAUUCUGGCUUCAAAGAGACGCUUCCUGUGAAGCCCUAA